GCAGCAGCAGCAGCAGCAGCAGCAGCGGCAGCAGCUAGUCACCAUGGGCUACAAGAUCCCCGGGGCAGCGAUGGACAGGGUCAGCCUGCUGUGGCGUCUGAGGCGACGGGCUCGCCGUGGCGCGCUCUGCAUGGCCUUCUUCUGCGUCUCCAUGGCUCUGCUAUACGCCCUCUGUGCUGAGAACAGCGUGCCCGUCACCGAUGCCAUCUUCGGUGUCCGGGCACGCACCCGGGCCCAGCCUCGUGCACACUCUGUCAUCAAGGUGCUGAGGGGCGGGGCUAAGCCCAUGUACGUCGACCCUCAGAAGCUCCCAGGUGUCGUCCCGGGCAACCCUCACCGUCCAAUCCCUGUCCUCUCCUCUCUGAACCACACACAGGAGGCCCGGGACUCACUCGCCAGGCGGAGGUCCAGAGAGCGUGAGUCCUCGGGGUUUCUUUCCUGGCUGCUGCCGCGCUCCCUCAGGCGGGCCCUGGAAACCAUGUUUGGGGGCCGACGGCGGGGUGAGCUGAGUGGCGGCGGGGAUGCAGAGUUCUUUGGGCCUCAUGGGACUCUGGGAGAGGUGUGGGAUGAUGAGAUGUCCAGCAGCAUGCUGGGAAGCAGACUGAGGAAGGUGGUACAGAACUACCAGGCAAUGAACAAGUACGGGGUCGAGUUCUCUGGCCCUGGCGGCGUGGCCAGCCGACCAAAGCUGAGCGGCCCCGAGCUUCUCUGUCAGCUGAAGGACAAGGUAGAGGUCACGACUUUGACCCCUGACCUCCAGCCAUUCUCGUCUCUGCCAUGGGCUGCCCAGCUGCCCCCCAAGCCGGUGACCUCCGACCUUGGGCCUUACAAGAGCUGUGCUGUGGUGUCGUCAGCGGGGUCGCUGCGCUACUCUGGACUUGGCAAGGAGAUUGACUCUCAUGAUGCUGUGCUGCGCUUCAAUGCUGCGCCCACAGCUGGAUAUGAGAAGGAUGUCGGCUCAAAGACAAGCAUCCGCCUCAUCAACUCCCAGGUGAUGGCGUCAGACGACCAUCGUUUCCUGUCCAGCUCUCUGUACAGCUCAGGUGUGCUGGUGGCCUGGGACCCCGCCCCCUUCUCUGCUAACCUCACCCAGUGGUACAACAGGACAGACUAUCCCAUCUUUGUGCAGUACCAGAGGUACCGGCGGCUGCACCCUCUGCAGCCAUUCUACAUUCUGCACCCACGCUUUGAGUGGCAGCUCUGGCAGCGAAUCCAAGAGAACAUGGCAGAGCCCAUCCAGAAGAACCCACCCUCCUCUGGUCUGCUUGGUACCGUUCUGAUGAUGUCACUGUGCGAGGUGGUGCACGUUUACGAGUUCCUGCCGUCCCGGAGGAAGACGGAGCUCUGCCACUAUUACCAGCGCUUCUAUGACGCGGCGUGCACGCUGGGCGCCUACCACCCUCUGCUCUACGAGAAGAACCUGGUCAAACGCAUGAACCAGGGGCCCGACCGCGACAUCUACACCUACGGGCGUGUCACACUUCCCGGGUUCAACCGCAUAAACUGCACCCAGGCUUCUGGAAGUAACACCAAGCACUGACUGAGCAGCAGCUUCAAGGCGGCUUGUGCACAGACAGCAAAGCACACACACACACACACACACACACACACACACACACACACACACACACACAGUGAAGCAGACUUAAUAUGCACACACUGCAUGAGGAUGGAGACCUUUUACACACUGCCACACCAAAAUGAAAGCUGUGCAGCUCUGUACACAUUGUAAGUCAUCACCUGUCGCCAUGACAACAAUAUACUGAACACUGGAAUACCACACGCUGAAACUAAUUGAUGUGCCUGCUGUUAAGACACACACGCACACACACACACACACACACACACAAUGAAAACCUUGCAUUCAGUGAUUAUUCUGUCACCCUUUGAAACCUGAGCAAAUUCAAGUAAUUUCUUUCAAAAACAUUAAAUCACCACAAAAUUGUCAAGAAAAACUUUUUUUUGU